AUGGCCCCGAGGACCUGGAAAGUGGUGGGAGGUGGAAGUGCUGGCGGCAUUGUGGUUCGGUCUGGCCAGAAGCUGGCCUCUGAUCAGCUUGCCGAUCGAUUGGCGACGGGAGCUCUUGUGAAGGAGCUGAAGCUAGAAGGUGACCGGCUUAACUUCGAGCUGGUCUCCGGCAAAGGUCCGGAAUCUGGCUGGGUUAGCUUGAAGCUCAAGGACAAGGACUUACUCGUCGAGGUAGAUGCCGAAGGCAACGCAAUUGCCAAGGACACCUUGAAGAAAAAAUCCUGGGACACAAAGUUUUUGUUCAAGGGAUGCGGUGCAAAUAUCCGGGCUCUCGACGGCGGCACAGAAGGGGCCAGCCGUGAUCAGCUCUUCGAGUUUCUGAUGCGACAACACGUCAGCCCAGAGCUUCGGAGAGAUUUUUGGGAUGAGAUACCCGACCAUCUCUACGACACUGCAAAGACCAGCGAGAUGGACUGCAUCACCUUUUUCCAAACCGUGGGCCAUCUCUGCUGCGAGCCUUCAGGGAAACGACUGCCCUCUCCCGGGGGUGUACGGCAGCGGCUGGAGACGUUCGGCGACCUCCGAUGUAUUGUUGUGGAACCCGAUGCUGCUUCAGAACCUGCCAAAGUGGUCGUCGUCCUGGCACAUGGUAUCGAGGUCCUGGGCGACGACCUGUACGGUUUGGCUCACCGGCUGUGCAGGGAAGGUCUGAGAGUCGUUCUGCCAGAAGCACCCAACGAGAGUGCGCAACCUCGGGAGGAGGACAUAGUUGAGAAUGUCGGCCAGCCGAUCGACGAGUCCCAAGACACCGAACGCGAAGAAUGGCGGAAGCCACUGCGCGAGUGGUGGAGCCGGAGCAUCAACGAAAAGGACAUAGAGAAAACGUUGUCCAAGGCCGCAGAGAGUCUCGGUGCCUGCGCAGCAGCAGCAAAAGGCGAUGCCAAGCUGGUGCUGGGUGGCUUCUCACAAGGCUCCUUGGUAGCCCUGGCCAGUGCCAAGAAGGCCAAGCCCGCUGGCCUCGUUCUCCUGUGCCCACCAGGGGCUCUGGCCGCACCAGUGGCUCGAUCCUUGGACACGCCGCCGCCGGCGCUCGUGGCAUCGGGAAGCGAGGAUGUCAUCGCGCCGAGGGAAGGCGUCCACGAAGUACACAAGGUCCUUACAAGCGGAGGCAGCCGAGCAGAGCUCGUGAACUUCGAUGGCGGCCACGAGGUGACCAUGAAAGUGGUGGACGCGGUGAAAGCUUUCCUGCUCAAAUCGAUUUUUCUGGCUGAGAUAGAGGAGGGCUGGUACGCGCCGGACGAGACAAAGCAGUGCUUCUUCAACACCAACGGGUAUGAGAUGUUCCAAGCAGCUCGCACCCACGGUGGAUAUUCGGACCUGGCCCGCGUCUUUCUGUCGUGCAACAAGGAGCCGUCCAAGAUCAUGCAUAUCGGCACGAAUCCUCU